AUGGCAACAAAGGUGAAUGGAGACGGCAAGAAGCCGCCGUCGGUGGCUACAAAUUUGAUUGCCGGUGGAGGAGCGGGUAUGAUGGAAGCACUUGUAUGCCAUCCUCUCGACACGAUAAAAGUCCGCAUGCAGCUCUCCCGCCGUGCGCGGCAACCGGGCGCCCCGAAACGGGGCUUCAUCAAGACGGGCGCCGAGAUCGUGAAGCGCGAGACGCCGCUGGGACUGUACAAGGGGCUGGGCGCCGUGCUGACGGGCAUUGUCCCCAAGAUGGCAAUCCGGUUUACGUCGUUCGAGGCGUACAAGCAGAUGCUGGCGGACGGAAACGGCGUCGUGACGGGCAAGGCGACAUUCCUCGCGGGACUGGCGGCGGGUGUGACCGAGGCCGUGGCCGUCGUAACGCCGAUGGAGGUGGUCAAGAUCCGCCUGCAGGCGCAGCACCACAGCAUGGCCGACCCGCUCGACGUGCCCAAGUACCGCAACGCCGCGCACGCCUGCUACACGGUCGUCAAGGAGGAGGGUUUCUCGGCCCUGUACCGCGGCGUCUCGCUGACGGCCCUGCGUCAGGGCUCCAACCAGGCUGUCAACUUUACUGCCUACACCUACUUCAAGGAGGCUUUGCGCCGCUACCAGCCCCAGUACGAGGGCGGCAACCUGCCCUCGUGGCAGACCACCCUCAUCGGCCUCGUCAGUGGCGCCAUGGGGCCCCUGAGCAACGCGCCCAUCGAUACCAUCAAGACGCGCUUGCAAAAGGCGACGGCCGAGGAGGGCGUCAGUGCUCUGCAGCGUAUCACGAAGAUCGCCGCGGAGAUGUUUAAGCAAGAAGGUUUCCAUGCGUUCUACAAGGGCAUCACCCCCCGAAUCAUGCGUGUCGCGCCAGGCCAGGCCGUCACCUUCACAGUGUACGAGUUCCUCAAGGACAAAUUAGAAAAGAGCGGCCCAUCGAUCAUCACUGGGAACAAGUACGAAGAGUAG